UUCAGGCCAAUCGUACACGCAGAAGUUCUCAUUCAUCACUACCUCACCAAGAACGGAAUCAUAAGGCCAAAUAGAUUUUGGCGGCAAUGGCAAUACAUCGGCGCCAGCAAGCCAACCUGUCGCUUAUGCCACUAUUUCUUCAGCUCGCACUCACAGAGCCAGAUACAAGUUCGGCCUUCACAUCUGAAUCUGUACCCAAAUUGGCGUUUACCGGAAAUCUCUGACGAGGACGAUGCGGAAGCUCGAGAAGCUCACAGGAAGCUCUUGAAGAGCAUCGCUGAAAAGGUGCGCAAUGACGCGAAGCGGACUUUGCAGCAGAGGACCACCAAAAGCAAGCAACAUGACUCAAAUACC